AUGGCGAGCGGAGGGAAGGGGCUCAACGCGACUGGGGAGUUCUUCCGGCGGAGGGACGAGUGGAGGAGGCACCCGAUGGUGGGAAACCAGCUGCGCAACGCUACACCGGGGCUCGGCAUCGCCAUCGUCGCCUUCGGGAUCUACCUCGUCGGCGAGGCCGCCUACAACCGCCUCUACCGCCCCUCCGGCGACCACCACCACUAG